AUGCCGCCUCGCCUCGCCUCGUCCCGCCUCGUCCCCGCCCUCGCGCUUUUCGCGCUCCUCUGCUUCGCGCGCGUGGAUCACGCCGCGUGCAACGCGCGCUCGCUCGGCCUUCCGCGUUUCGCGGGGAGGUUCGGCGGGUUGGUGGGGGGAGCGGGGACAGGCGGUAGCUGGUCCUUCUUCCGCCCCGCCCGGACCGGCGGCGGUGGCGGAAAUGGGGCGACGAGCGGCGGGCAGAGCGGGCAGGGCGGGUUGGGCUCGCAAGGAGGUGGCGGAAUGAGCGGACAACCGGGUAGCGCGGGCGGGGGAGGCAUGGGCGGAGGGGAAAUGGGCGGAGGAGGCAUGGGCGGAGGAGGCAUGGGCGGAGGAAGCAUGGGCGGAGGAAGCAUGGGCGGAGGAGGCAUGGGCGGAGGAAGCAUGGGCGGAGGAAGUAUGGGCGGAGGAAGUAUGGGCGGGGGAAGCAUGGGCGGAGGAGGCAUGGGCGGAGGAGGCAUGGGCGGAGGAGGCAUGGGCGGGGGAGGCAUGGGCGGAGGAGGCAUGGGGGGAGGAGGCAUGGGGGGAGGAGGCAUGGGCGGAGGAGGCAUGGGGGGAGGAGGCAUGGGGGGAGGAGGCAUGGGGGGAGGAGGCAUGGGGGGAGGAGGCAUGGGGGGAGGAAGCAUGGGGGGAGGAGGCAUGGGCGGAGGAGGCAUGGGGGGAGGAGGCAUGGGGGGAGGAGGCAUGGGCGGAGGAGGCAUGGGGGGAGGAAACAUGGGGGGAGGAGGCAUGGGCGGAGGAGGCAUGGGCGGGGGAAGCAUGGGCGGAGGAGGCAUGGGCGGAGGAAGCAUGGGCGGAGGAGGCAUGGGCGGGGGAGGCAUCGGAGGAGGCAGCGGGUCAUUGGGUGGGAGUGCGUGUGGCAACAGCAGCAGCAGCAGGAGCGCCAAGCUCACGAGCAGCAAUGGCAAGAGGGUGAUGGCAAGCAACGGGUGUCCGGGGUACGACUGGCGAGUGCAGGCCACGCUGUACUCGCCGCUGCAGCAGGCGCUGUCCUUUGCCGUGCCGCUCGCCCCCACGCUCUCCUCUACCUCUAUUCCCGUCGCCCUCCGCGGCACCUGCAAGAUGGGACCCAUUGGCUUCGCACUUAACGGCGUGCCCUUCUACAGUGCAUGUGACGCCCUGGGUCGGGACGCCUUGCAGUAUGAGGGCGCCACGGACGCCUUGCAGUACGAGGGCGCAACCUUUGACACGUGUGGGGGGCACCCCACGCCCUCGGGCCAGUACCACUACCACGUCGCGCCCGGCCUCGCCAACCCCUCGGCCAUCUCCGCCUCUUGCACCACCGACUUCCAGCUCUGCAGCUCGUCUUUCUGGCAGGACGCCCCGGGCCAGCACUCCCCCCUCGUGGGCUUCCUAGCAGACGGCAUUCCCCUCUACGGCCCGCGGGGGGCAGGGGGAGCGCUGCCCUCUGGGCUGGAUGAGUGCGGGGGACACGUGGGCGACGGCAGUGGGAGCGAGCCGGCGUUUUACCACUACCAUGUCGGCAGCACAGCGCCCUACACUGUGGCGUGCCUCAAGGGCUGUGUGUCGUCGUCUGACUGGUGCACCCUCGGCUCCGCCUUUUGCAGCAAGGCCAGCAAGCAAUACGACUACUCGCCCCUGGCAGCAGUGCAGGCAGCAUAG